AGAUGAAGGCCCAGCGGCGCUUAGACCCAGCGGCGCUCAAAGCACUAAAAUAUAACAACCGGUGACUUUUUACCUCUAUAGGCUUAGCCCUUCAAACAAUAGAUAUGACCCAGGGCUCAGGGCUACGUUGCCCCCCCAGCGCAGGGGGGGCGCCGGUAGCCCUAGAACCUUCCGGGAGCCGUCUGCCGGGGAUAGAAGGCCUCAAAAGGGGCCCAGGGGGCCCUCUUCGCUGCCUUCCAGCUGCCUGGCUGUACCCUACAGCCCUCCGAUGUAGGUGGAAGACUUCAAAAGGGGCCCAAGGGGCCGCCUCCGCUCUCUCCCCGCUGCCUGCCUGUGCCCCAAAUGUCUCCGAUAUGCUUCGCCGCCGCAGCCGUGCGCCGGGUGUGGAAGGCCUCCGAAGGCGAGGGGCUGGACCCUCCAAGCCGUGCGGCUUGUACCCUCCGGGCCCUUGGUCAUCGGCUUGCUUGUUCUUGAGACCGUGGCCGUCUUCGGCGGCCUUUUACCCCGGAGACCUCCAUCCUGCGAGCGUCUGGGUCAGCAGGGGCCAGGAGGUUCCGGAGGAACAGGCAGAGAGGCGCAAGGGGACGCCCGCGCCCAGUUUUGACGCCUUCCACUACUAGAAUCCGCGAGAUUCAGCGCGGAAAAGCGCGCGCGCGCCACCACAGACCACGCCGCAGGGGGGGAGGGGGGGACCGUGCAGCCCUAAAACAUAUAUCGAGAGAGUUGAUAGCCUGCAAAGUACAGAACACGCAGCUUCCUGAGGAAGAAAGUCACGUUUCCACGCACCUUGAUUAGUAAAAAGAAUCUUCGCCAGUUCAUGCUUCUAGCGUCGUUCUUUUUCACGCCAGCAAUGAAAGAGCAGUACGCAAUCACUUCUAUCAACCAGCACUGCAUCGUACUUUGCGACCACGCACUGAUGAAAGACCCAUGCGCAACGAUGGAAACCUUGUCCACAUGAUUUCUAGACUGACCUUAUCAAG